AUGACAAACCCGUACAAACAAGCACGAGGUAGACGCGGUCGCCGUGGUGGACGGGGCCGUCGAGGUGGGCGGGGCCGCAAAGGUGAACGCGACGACCUCCUAAAACGCACGCAGCGUCAACUCGAGGAACGCGAGGACCAACUAAAACGCGUGCAGCGUCAACUCGAGGAAUGCGAGCACCAACUAAAACGCGAGCGGUGGAAACUCGAGGAACGCGAUCAAAGCGAAAAACGCGCGCGGUGGGAACGCGAGGACCGCGAACGCGAGCAGAGGGAACGCGAGCAGAGGGAACGCGAGCAGAGGGAACGCGAGGACCGCGAACGCGAGCAGAGGGAACGCGAGGACCGCGAACGCGAGCAGAGGGAACGCGAGCAGAGGGAACGCGAGCAGAGGGAACGCGAGGACCGACGAGUUGCAAAUCCGGGCAGAGAAAUGCAGGCAAGGGCAGAACGCGAAUUGGAACCCGUCGACGGUCAACCCGGAUUUCGUCGUAUUCGCGCGAACGUGACGCACGAAACGCAUCGGAUAGACCUGACGCGUUUUGUCGACCCACGCGUAAUCUUACAAUUUAGGGAUCGCAUCGAGGAAAUAUUACAACAUCAUCGUUUCGGAGGCAUCAGAUAUCGACUCGUUUUAGGUGUAAAUAUGACGCGAGGGGAAGAGACGACCAUACCCACCUUUCACACGGGUGAAUUUAGAGUUUUCGAAGAAUUAGAUUUGGGUGGGGACGUAGAUCGCAUAGUCGAGAUGAUUGAGCGAUGGGGCGAAAACGGAUCGGGGUGGCACAUAAAUCAUCUCGAGCAUCUCGAUAUAGAGAUUGUCAGGUAUAAUCCAUUGCGCGGUGGCACGUACGUACCGUUACCCAACGUGUUGAAAAAUAAAAAGGCAAUCGUCAACGUUAAAGCCAAAGACGACAUGUGCAUCAAAUACGCCAUUACCAGCGCGCUUCAUCCCGUCAAGGCUCAUACCGAUAGACCCUCGAGUUAUGCGACGCAUCUGGACGAGCUCGACUGGAGCGGCAUCGCGUUUCCCACGCCGGUCAAACAGAUUAAAAUCAUCGAAAAGAAUAAUCCUCGGCUCAAGAUUAACGUUUACGGCUGGGCGGAAGAGGGUGGAGGAUAUUUACACCCAAUCUACGUCGGUGGUGAGUACGAGGGUCGUACGCUGAUUAAUCUCUUGCUGUACGACAAUCAUUACAUGUGGAUUAAAAAGAUGAGCCCGCUUCUCGCCGGUUACAGCAAGCACAAGGGGAAAAAGCAUUUAUGCUCGCGAUGCAUGCACGUUUUUAGUAAGGAAGAAUGUUUGCUAAAACACGAGUCUGAUUGCAAGGGUGUAAACGACGGCAUAACGGCGGUGCAAGUCGUCGAUGAAAAAAACAAGACGUUGAAAUUUAAAAACUUGCAACAUAAAGCCAAGACGCCGUUUGUAAUCUAUGCAGAUUUCGAGUGCAUUUUGGAAAAGAUGUCGACAGACGCCGAGUCUGGACCGAAAACGGAUAGAACCAACAAACACGUGCCGUGCGGUUGGUCGUACGUGGUGGUAAGGUGCGACGGCCAAGUGGUCGGCCACAAAUUGCACAGUGCCAAUGCCGGAAAUGCUAGCACGUGCGUAAAAUCCUUUUUGGAACAACUCGAGUUCGAAAAGGAGAAAAUUGUCGACAUUUUCAAGCGACAACCCGCCAACCCCCGCAGCGUGAUGACGGCAGAGGAUGAAGCGAGCUUUGAGACCUCAACGACCUGUUGGAUCUGCGAACGGGGUGGUUUUACGGAAUAUAGCGGGGAUGGCGGCUGUCGGAAAUGCGACGCGGUCAAGGCCAACCCCGACAACAAUUACAAGACGUGCUACGAGUGUGCGAUGAAAAAGAAUGGGCAAAAGGUGCGAGAUCACUGCCACGUCACCGACACGUAUCGUGGAGCGGCACACGCGGGCUGCAAUCUCAAGUUGCGGGUAAACGAGAAUACGCCUAUACCCGUAAUAUUCCACAAUCUGGCCGGGUACGACUCGCACCUAAUCAUGCAGGCCAUCGGAGAGAUGCAGGGGGAGAUUAGUUGCAUUCCGAGCAAUACGGAAAAAUACAUUUCCUUUAGCUUGGGGAACCUGAGAUUCAUCGAUUCGAUGAAAUUUCUAAACGCAUCAUUGUCGACGCUGGUGAGCAAGUUGCCGAUCGACGAGUGCAAGCUCACCGAGACAUUUUACGGCGCGGACGAUUUGGAGCUAGUCGCGAGAAAGGGCGUAUAUCCGUACGAAUACAUGGAUUCGUUUGACAAGUUUGAAGAGGUGGGUCUGCCCAAGAAGGAGCUAUUUUACAGCAGCCUGCGCAACGAGGGUAUAAGCGACGACGAUUACGAGCAUGCCACGAGGGUUUACGAGCAAUUUAAAUGUAAAAACCUAGGCGAUUAUCACGACCUUUACCUGAAAACGGACGUUUUGCUGUUGGCCGACGUGUUCCAAAACUUUAGGUCGACGGCCUAUCAAGUAUACGGAUUGGAUCCGUGCAACUAUUUCACGCUGCCGGGUUUCAGUUGGGACGCGCUGCUCAGCAAGACGGGGGUAGAGCUCGAGCUGAUUACCGACUUGGACAUGCACAUGAUGAUGGAAAAGGGAAUCAGAGGCGGCAUCAGCAUGGUUUCCCAUCGACGCUGCAAGUUUAACAACAAGUACAUGGACGACCACGACGAGACGAAACCCAGCACGUACGGGUUAGAUCUCGAUGCCAACAAUCUGUACGGGUGGGCCAUGAGUCAGCCGUUACCAGUAUCGGAUUUUGCGUGGAUCGAUCCGGACGAGUAUAAAAUGGUCCUCAAGACACCGGUCGACGGCAAAAAGGGUUACUUUCUCGAGGUGGACCUGGAGGUGCCGGAAGAAUUGCACGACGCGUUCAACGAUUACCCCCUGGCACCCGAGGCACUCGCGCCCCGCCGCGAGUGGAUGAGCCCCUACCAGCUCGACCUGUUGGGCGACGAAAAUCCGGGGAUGGAGAAACUCGUGCCGAACCUGAUGCCCAAGACUAAAUACGUCGUGCACUAUAGAAACUUGCAGUUUUAUCUGGCCAAGGGUCUCGUGCUGACCAAGGUUCAUCGCAUCAUCGAGUUUACGCAAAGCCGGUGGAUGAAAGAGUACAUCGACAUGAAUACCGAGCUCAGAAAGGCGGCAAAAACCGACUUUGAAAAGGACUUUUUCAAGCUAAUGAACAAUUCCGUUUUCGGUAAGACUAUGGAAAAUGUUCGCAACAGGCAAACCGUUCAUUUGUGCAAAACUAAAGAAGAAACUAGUAAAAUAAACAAGCUCUUUGCGAAACCAAACUUUAACAGGUACGUCACUUUUAACGAUAAUCUCAUUGCCAUCCACAUGAACAAGACGCGGGUCAAGCUCAACAAGCCAAUCUAUUGCGGUACGGCAGUCUUGGAUCUGAGCAAGCUUUUAAUGUACGAGUUUUACUACGACAAGCUCGUGCCCACGUACGGCGAUCGCGUCAAGCUCUUGUACACAGACACUGAUAGCUUGUUGCUGAGUAUCACCACCGAGGAUGUCUACGCCGACAUGCGAGAGAAUUUAGAUUGGUUCGACACGAGCAACUAUGACAAGGGUAGUCGUUUGUACAGCGAGAAAAAUAAAAAGGUUCUAGGAAAGAUGAAGGAUGAAAUGGGAGGAUGCAUCAUGACGGAAUUUGUAGGGCUCAGACCAAAAAUGUAUUCAAUCAAGACGCAAGACUCGAGGCUUGAUGUCAAGCGGGCAAAGGGGGUCGCCAAAUACGUCGUAAGGGAUCGUAUAAAUCACGACGACUACGUGCGAGUGUUGACGAGCAAGGAGGAUAUGCAUUGCGACAUGAGCUCGAUUCGAAGCAACAAGCAUAUGCUUUACACGAUCAAUCAGACUAAAAAGUCGCUAUCCCCGUUGGACACUAAACGGUAUAUACUCGACGAUGGAACAACUACCUACGCGUACGGACAUUACAGGCUAGAGCAAGCCCCCGGCUAG